AUGGAAUCGCCAACUGACGUAAUGGCAUCUCCGAUGGAGAAGCUGAAGCUCGAUGACCCAUGGAUACUGCCUAGAUCGUGGGACUCUGUUCCUUCUCAAACUGGCGCGUCCUCUCACUCUUCUCAGUUUGUGUACCCCACUUCCAUUGUCUNCAAUGCGGUUAGACUGGAUGGAAGUGCCAGGGAUUGGAAGUACGCUGCCGAGCAGUUUGUUUCAAAGCUCCCUACUAAAGUUUUUGUUCACUGUAGUGAACGGAAUAUGGCCAAGCUGUCAUUGGAUGGGGUGGAUGUAAUGGGCGAGAGGCUGGCUGAGGAGGUACUUGAUAUAAUCAAACAGAAGCCAGAUUUAAGUAAAAUUUCUUUUUUGGCACAUUCUGUGGGAGGACUAGUGGCAAGAUAUACUAUUGCGAGAUUAUAUAGACCUCCAAACAAGGAAAGCACAGAAUUAUCAGCCACAUUCUGUGAAAAAGAGUCAAAGGGUACAAUAGCUGGUCUGGAACCAAUAAACUUCAUCACUGUUGCUACUCCUCAUCUUGGUUCAAGGGGUAAUAAGCAGGUGCCAUUUCUUUUUGGUGUACCUGCUAUUGAGAGAUUUGCUGGUUGUGUAAUUCAUUUGAUAUUCAGAAGAACAGGCCGGCACCUCUUUCUUACAGAUGAUGAUGAAGGAAAGCCUCCAUUAUUAAGACGCAUGCUAGAAGACAGCGAGGAACUACAUUAUAUGUCUGCUUUGCGUUCAUUCGAACGCCGGGUGGCAUAUUCAAAUGUUGGUUAUGACCAUAUAGUGGGCUGGAGCACAUAA